GCACAUCAAUUGCGUUGCACAGUAGAGCUCCCGUCAGCACCCAUGCCAUUUGCUGUGCUCCGUAUCCCGUAGCAUGACAACUGCCAGUCAAUUGCUCGGUCACCCAAGACGUCACAGCUCCCGGCACGGCAUCGUCUGCUCGACACAAGGGACUCUCCUGGACUGAUACACGGUUCGAUGCAACAACGUACGACUGUGCGCUGAUGACAUCUAUCUGCCGCUCUUGCAAACAUCUGGACCCGCCCACCGUCCGAUGGAUCCGACCCCACCCCGUUAUCUGAUCCAUCGAUCCAUGCAGCCAAAAAGAAAGGGCACAUGCAUCUCAGGCUGACGCAGACCUCCAGUACCCAACAGUAAGAUAAGUUGUGCGAGAUACUCGGUCUGGUGGAGCUCUGCAAAACUGCGCCGAGCAGAAUCUCCAGCUCCCGCGCCGGCCCCAACCCCAGCGAGGCCAUCGACAACCCACAUAGGACCAUAUCGGCGGCCCUGAUGUAGCCAUCAUGGCGUCAGCUCCGUCUUUCAAAGACCUCACGAAAGCGCUCCACAACUUCCUGCCGUCCGCUAGCCUGCCCCUGCCGAAUGACUUGGUUGAGAUUAUCGAGGGUUAUGUGCAGAAACACGACGCUCGCGAAGAGAGCGUCUCACAAAAGCUCCACGAAGAGCUCAUCUCUGUCUACGAAAAAGACGUCGUCGGCCACCCCUCCCGCUACGGCCCCUUCUUGAAUAUUCUACGACGCUUGCGGCCCUUGAUCGCGCAUCCCGAACGGACAGCCAAGUGGUGGCAUCUCCUACAACCAUGUUUUGCCCAUAUAAGCGAAGAGAAGGGCUUGGCCGAAGAAAGUCAAGCUACCGCACUGGAUGUUUUGACCGCAGAUUUCGGUGAUGACGCCAAUAAUCCUGGUGGCGGUGUGGCAAUCCCUCUAGCAGAGGACAUGCUUCAGCUGUGGCUGGAAGACUGCAAAGUCGCCGGUAGAGCCGUAGAUGCUCUGGAAAACUUCCGCGAGAAGCAACUGCGAGAGACUCUCAUCUUGUACGGAAAGAAGAGGCCCCGGGAUUUCAUGGCGGUUGUUGGCAAAUUCAUGGCCAAGAAGAAAUAUCGAGCAAGGACUCUGCACUUAACAUCCGAUUUUAUCCGUAAUCGACCACCGCAUCUGUACCUGAUCCUUCAGACGCCGCUGUUUGGCAACUUGAUUAACUGCCUCCAGCUGGAUUCUUCAACUACAAUCGUUUCACUGGCCUUGACCGCCCUGACCAUGGUCCUGCCGCAUAUUCCUAGUUCACUUGUACCACAUCUUCCCACGCUAUUUAACGUAUAUGCGCGGCUGCUAUUUUGGGAACGAGAACUCUCUGCUGCAGAGCACGGUUUUGCUCUACCUAUGGAACGGAGGCUAGCUGCUAGCAACACGACCUGGGAAAAGGCCUUCUUCUCUCAAGAAUUUGACGGCACAUCUAUUCCGCAACUGUCCAAUUACUUCACCAUCCUCUACGGACUUUACCCUAUCAAUUUCAUGGACUACAUUCGAAAACCACAACGCUACCUGCGUCACGCCGAAGUCACCAAUCCAGACGAUAUCGAGGUACAACCUACCGAAAUACGACAUGCUUCGGAACCGUUUCGCCAAUGCCACACACUUCACGAAAACUUUUACACCCUCACGAUAGAUUCUGAAAAGACGGAUUUCGGCAGGUGGAUCAAGAGCGAACCUGCCGAGGUGGUAGGCAACUGCAUGGCUCUGAGACAGCCUUUGGAGUUAUCAUCCGAUUUGUUGUCGACCCAGUUCGGCGCACAGGAACUUCCGUCUCUAUCAAUCAAAGACGAGGCUGACGAUGGUCCAGAGUCUGCCUUAUUGAGCAGUUCUGUACCACUGCUGAGCUCGCCUUUCGGUGGACUGCAUGGAGAUAGCUGGAGGAGCACGCAGACUAUACUGGUGGGGUCUCCCACAAGUAGUCGCGUUCAAUCCGCCGUAUUCCGCCAGUCCUCUCAGAGCAGUCAUCAGUCGCACCGCGACUCAUCAAGUACUCGACCUUCAGGAAAUUCAGGCGAUAGUCCUCAACUACCCCCAACCGGAUCUUUCACGAAUCUGCAGGAUAUGCUCAACUCUAAUAAAGCAAUAAAAUCUAGUUUGAACCAGUCACUGGGCAAUGACAGUGUGCCAUCACUGGCCUUGAGUCACCAGGAGUCGAUUUCUGAAAGACCGCAAUCAAUUGCUAUACCUGCCACACAGUCCACGAACUUGGCAGCCUCGUCAAGUAGUGGUACCGAAGACAAAGAUUCGCAAAUCAGGCACCUGUAUCGGCAAAUUCUUCUACUACACAAUGAUCUUAUAUUUGAGAGAUUCAUGAAGCAACAACAUCUGACGCACAUGGGAGAGUUACGGCGCAAACAAGUUCGAGAAGCAGCGUCUGAGGCGGAGACACAAAACCUAAUCAUAGCAAAUCGCCACCUCAAGAAACAACUUGAGAAGUCAAGGAAGACCGAGUCACAAGUCAAGAACGACUCGGAGAAGAGCAGAAAUCUUGCUAAGAGAUGGGAAGCUGACCUUUCGGCAAAGUUAAAGACCAUCCGCGAGGAGCAGAAGAAGUGGACUAAAGAAGGUGAAACUUUAAGAGAAGAUCUGGCCAAAGCAAAGGCGGAAAACAUUGCGCUUGUCAAGCUUUUGUGUGAUCUUGAGGUCAGGGAAAUUGGAGUGAGCCAGCAGGUUCAAUAUGUCGAGGCGAAAACAGAAGAGACAGAGCGGUUGAAGUUGACGGUCAAGCGACUCGAAGAAUCGGAGCGUAAUCUACAGGCCCAGGAGGCUGAGCGCCAAGCAGCAAUGACACGCGCUGUUCAGGCAGACGGACGCGCUGAGAUGAUACAGCAGAAGCUCGAUGCUCAAGACGUGGAAUUCCAACAGACACGAGAUCUGUAUGAGUCACAUGUUAUGGCACUAAACGCGAAACUCCACGAUGCCCUGAAGAAUGGAAAUGAACGCCGUGUCGAAGGCUUGAAGGAUCAUAUUGAUAGCAUCCUAGCCGCCAGUCGGGUUCAACAGACGGAGCUAAAGAAACGCAUCGCGGAUCUCGCAAAGAAAAACACAGCUCUCCAUGCCACCAUAUUAGACCUCCAAUCGCAAGCACAAGUACCCACACGAUCUGCCUCAGAUCCCAUGCGGUCAAGUUCUCCCGAAUCAGAUACAACGCCUGAAAGCAGCAACGUUGCUUUGGCAUUCCGCAGUCGAAAGCACCGCGGAUUUUCCGACCCCGAAAUCUUCGACGCAACAUCAUACAAUGCAACCCCGCCGCUUGAGCCCUUUGAGGCAGUGCUGGUACCCUCAAUGCGGCCUUCCACUCCAUCCACAAUCGAGGCUUCUAGAUCCAUCGGCGGUGAUGGCAAGACAAGCCCCAUUGCGGAACGAUUCCACGGAAGAGGUAAGCUUUGGUCAUCGAAGAGUCCAUCACCCUGCUGACUGUUUCAUGAGGGGGAUUGCAAAAUCAGAACGUGAUUAAGAAAGAGAAGAAGGACAGGAAAGACGAGAAGGAAAAGAAGAAGUCGAGUGGCAUUAGGGGAAUUAGAGGCUUUGUUUGAUACCCAUUGAUCACGAUGAACGCAGACUGGGUUGAGUGCUUCACAGCCAGCGAAGUAGGGAGCAAUUUCCACGUUUCUAUCCUUGGCCACCUGUCCGUAUUAGCUGGCCAACGUCAGCGAAAAACAUAUUGGAUUUAGAGAUGUCUUCAUCAGUCCUGACCGUUUGGAUUCACUGUCAGGUAGACCUCAUCCUGAAAUUUAGAUCAAAAAGAAUUGCGAUGAUUGCAUGAUUUGCCGCAACCCCUUCA